AUGAAUGAACUUUUUAGUGACAUACGUGCGUGUGCUGAAGAAACUAUACCACUGAAAGGGAAAUCCUCUAAACAAAAUUUCUCCAGUGAUCUAACAGUAGCUUCAUUAGUUGCUAAAAAGCGUGAUCAGACUCUAAAGAUCAAAUCAGCCCCAAGUGGUAGUGAUGUUAGUGGAUAUAGGAGAGAAGUUAGAAAGAUUCAGAAUAGCAUUUCUAAGAGACUUGUGCAAAUAAAUAACAUGAAGGCUGACGCUCUAGCAGAAGAAAUAAAUAACACUGACGAUGCUAGAAAGAUGUUUGAAGCUUCAAGGUCUUUAGCUGGAAUAAAAAAGUCGGGUAACAUAGUGGUCAAUGAUAUCAACAACAACCCUAUUGGUACUGAUUUAGGGAAAGCAAACACAGCGAAAUCUUUCUUCGAAAAACAACUAACAGAAGGAGUUGAAGCUGGCCUGCAACCUUUUUCCUGGGAUCCAAAACCACUUGAUAACCCCAUUACACCAGUUGAAGUUAAACUUGCUGCAAGUAAACUCAAAUCAAACCGUGCCAGUGGUCCAGAUAAUCCCCAGAAUGAGUUGAUAAAGUACGCCCAUCCAAUCACUUUUGAGAAGUAUGCUGAGGCAAAUAACGAGUCAUUUAGUGGGAACAAAUACAUAAGUUCAAUAGGACAAGGUAUUGUGACUCCUCUACAGAAGCCCUGUAAACCUAAAGGUCCCCUCACAAGCCUUAUUAGACCACUUACACUGUUAAACGGAUCGAGGAAGAUGCUCACUCAAAUUGCCUUAAAGCGGGUUGAGAGUAGAAUUGACAACUACACCAUGCCAUGGCAGAGUGCUUACAAGAGAGUAUCAGAACUAGGUUUUCCAACUGAGUGGGAAUAUUCAGACGAUUGUGACUUUGCUGACGAGGACAUCGAGAAACUGAGAAUUUUACUUCCUACAGUGAAGGAGAUUCUCAAAGACUGGAACCUCCAAGAAUGA